CAGUCAGCAUGAAGGUCCUCGCAGCUCUCUUGGCUCUGGCGGGCGUCGCCGCCGCCAACUCCGCCUUCCGCUUCUCCGACGGCUACCUCGACGUCCUCGGCGCAGAGCCCGUUCAGGCCUUCGACUGUGCCGGUCGAAGCUACGGCUAUUACGCCGACGUCAGCAGCGACUGCCGAGUGUUCCACGUGUGCCUGCCCGUCGCUGACGACCUAGGCGAGCUUCUCGAGACCGCCCACUUCUCCUUCUUCUGCGGCAACCAGACCGUGUUCAGCCAGGAGUCCCUCACCUGCGCCCGGCCCGAGGAGGCCUUCCCCUGCGACCAGGCCGAGACCCUCUUCGACUCCGUCAACGCCCUCUUCGGUGUCAUUCCCGACGAAAAAUAGGAAGGAAAAGGAGCCGCAAUUUUUUAUACAAAAAAGAAAUUAUGUGACAACCAUGAAAAAAAAAGAAAAAUACAAAUCCCUAUAGACCGUCUCGAAAUGCCUUUUUUACAAACCAAAUGAUAAACGAAAGUUAGUUUACGCAC